AUGCGCUUCGUCCCCCUUCUCGCCCUCCUCCCAGCGCUCGCUGUGGCCGAGGAGCAGGUCCCUCUCGCAGACCGUGUCCAGGGUUGGUUCAACAAGGCCAAGUCCUAUCUUCCCACCGCGACUCCCGUCGUUCCCGUUGCCGAGAAGGUGGUUGAGGCCCCCGUCAAGGUCAUCCAAGAAAAGACCGUUACCCCUUUCAACGCAACCAACUGGCAAUCGCUGCUCGAGCCGGCCACCGAUGCACAGGAUUGGCUAGUUUUCAUCACCGGCGGUAACAAGACCUGUUUCGGCCGUUGCGGCAAAGCCGAGGAGGCAUUCAACCAAUCUGUUCUUCUUUUCGCUGCUGACCCGACUUCGCCUAACCUUGGCUACCUUGAUUGUGAAUCUAACCAACUUCUCUGCUCCGCCUGGUCUGCUGGCGCUCCGUCCGUCUGGUACUUCAACGUUCCCCAAGCUCAAGCCACCGAGGAGCGUCCCUCUACUCCUCUACACAUUGUCUACGUGAACUCGACCACCGUAACCCCCGAGACCAUCUACAAGAUUCACUCCGAAAAGACAUACGAGAACAAGCCUGCCUACGAUGGUGCAUUCCACCCGACGGACGGCUGGCUCGCUCAGUACGGCCUUCUUGUACCUCUGGGCUACGUUAUCUACGGCUUUGGAGUUGUUCCAAGCUGGCUUUUCAUGAUUGUCAUCAGUAUGGCCAGCCGGACAAUGAUGAGCCGUCGACUUGGCAACCCAGGAGCUCCUGCUGGUCGUCGUUAA